UGGGUUGCGUCAAGCAAGGGCAAUUUGAGUUUGAAAUAAAAAUUUUCAAUGAAUCGAAUCCAGAGGAAACUGUGAACAGUCUUUUUUUCAGUGUCACCAACGAAACGGGGGUCAAGGUGGUCACAAGUUGUCUGCCAAUGCCACGCGAGGCUAAUGUACAUACUUGCAUCACAAGUUAUCAGAACGAGCAAAAGGUCACUUGGGAAUUUCCUGAAAACUGGAGUGGUCCAGCGCGGUUUCUCAAAAAGAUCGAUUACGAUUCAGAAGCAAUAAAUCUACAAAUCGUUGGAAUGUAUUGGCCAAAGCAGUUAUAUGUGGACAUAAUCGUGCUAGUGAACCAAAAAUACGUCAACCUCUGUGCGGAGUUUUUUAAAAAGACCGUUGACGAAACUUUGAAACCCAAAACGAAAUGCCGUCUGGAAUUCUACGACGACACCGUUCUAAAUCCUCCGAACUUCGUAGCGAAGCUAAAUUUAUUAAUGCCAUUUCAAUGGGAGGAGCGAAAUACGAUGGAACAAGUUCAACUAUGGCUAGCCAACAGGUUGAUGUGGCGGGGGUACCAAUGCAUUUUUUCUGUACAAGUACGAACACAGACAGCUUCCUAUGAAUUUGUGUUGAUUUUCAAAACGUCAAUACUUGGUAUAACACCGCAACGUGAUAUAUCCAAGGCAAAAUAUUGCGAAAAGCUCACCUCGCUAGCGAUCGAACUGAUAAAGAAAUGCUACAUCACCAUGAUGUUUACCGACUAUGGAAGAGCUAUUGUAACAGUACAAAAAGGGCGGGCAUCCAUUUGGGAGGUACAGCAGCAACUUGUGGUAGAACUGAAUAUGGAAAGUAAAAAUUUGUGUCUCGUCAACGUGGCCAUUGCUACGGAAGAUAAGGGUAUUACAUAAAUGGACGCCGGUCUUUCGCGUAAUCGCCCUGCUCGUUCUCCCUUGCAUGGGAUUGGCCUGCACGUUACUCUAGCCGUGUCCGAGACAACAGCUGUUGUGAAGGCAACUCACACGACAUGUCAAUAACUACAGAGGAAUUAAAGGCAAUCUUGCUCCAAUAACACCCACAUUUCAAGGCGGUCCAAAUGCGCAUAAUAGAAUACUUUUUACGGCAAUUCAUAUUAAAGUCAUCCGUCCUCUACAUAAAGAAAAUGCAGCCGACUUAAGUGCCAACAACAGCAAGUAGCUUCACUAUGAAGCUGACGUGGGUUUGAUAUUUAAUCCAGGGGUACCAAUGAUAUGAGGACUUAAUAAAUAUCAGAUGAAAACACAAAGGCGAAGCAUAUCGUCUCAACCUAUUGCUAUGGAUCAUUAAC